AGAAAAUCCGCAAAAAGUUCCCGUCCGAUACGAAGCCAUUUUUGUUUACCUCCACGCCUAUGUCGUGCUUGAACAUAAUAAAUUGCCUUCUGUUUUAUGGCACUUUUGGUUUCGACACGAUUCGAUCCACUUACCUCUAACUUGAACGUUGCAUGAACGUACACGGAAAACUAAGAGGAAUUUAGAAACAACAACAACAUAAGAUGUCGCAGAAAGAAGUCGAGCAACUUGGUGUCGAGACGCGGAGUCGUUCGCGAUCAAAGACUCCCAGCCGCGUCGUGAUGUUGAAAGAUGUUGCGAAAAAUCCAGCUGUCGAAACAAUCGUUGAAGAAAGUGAAGUGCCGCGUUCUGCCGUCAAAAAAGUAACAAAACAGACGGUAACUGUUACACAGAACGAAUCUCAUGUCGCGUCAUCCGAGGAAAUUGUCAGCUCGACAACAACUGUAGUCACAUCCACCGCCCGCAAAGUGCGACAAAAGACAUCACAGCCCAUUAAGAGCCCACUUACGAGUCCCAUUCAGCGACAGAGCAAAACUUCGCCGCGCAAAAGCAAGGAAGUCACGCAGAAUGAGGAAAAUAUGUUACUCGAAACGAGUAUCGAGUCGAUCUCCAAUGGCAACACUCCCACAAAUUUCGCCUAUAAAGAGUACAAAGAGGCCGGCGAGUAUUGGAACAAGUAUCCGAAGACGGACUACACGUAUUCCGAGUUGUCGCAGUAUCGUCGGGAAAUUGCGCCCGGGCAGGUUUGCAUGCCCAACAUGAGUCGCAAGAGUUUGGAGUUGCAUCACGAUCGUGUUGUGACAAUGAUCCAAAAGCGUCCCGAAGAAGAGUCUUUUAUCCGGAAACGGUAUCAAAAUUCGGGAAUGACACAGCGAAAGACUGUGGCAACGUCCUUGCAAUACGAUUCGGGCGAUGAGUUGGAUUAUAAUCAUUUCCAACGAAAGACCGUUUUGAGUUCGUCCGUUGUGCAACAUCGGGAAACGAUAAUUCGACGUGUUUGGACAUUUGUCACAACGGUCAUUUCCACAAUAUUUUAUUAUCCGGUGUCGUUGUUCCGCAGUUCCGAUGAGAGCUUGUAUCGCACUCGUUAUCAUCAUGAACAAGGAUUCCUUACUCGCAUAACAAACCGCUUCAGCAGUGUCUUACUAAAUGUACUUAAACGAGUCUAUCUAAUAGUCUCGACCAUCCUACUUUUCGACACGUGGCUCCUACUUUGCCGCUCAACGCUCGUGCGAGAUGCUCGUCGACGCCGCUUCCUGUUGCUGCUUCUUUUCCUGCUUCCAUUGCUGCUUCUCGGAGCCUUCCUCACAUCACUUACCAAAGACGACGCCGCUCAUUACGCGCAUUACGUGCCCGCGUCACUUCCUAAAUUUUCUACACAACCGCUAAUCAGCUACCUCACAGCUUGGUCAUGGCCGACGCUGCCCUCGCUGAGUCUCAGUUGGCUGUUCGCUGCCUUUUUCGCACGUGAAAGUCAUUCCUCUCCUAGUCAAGUUAACAUCAAAGAAUCACUGCGCGCAUCACAGCUCAUCGACGACUCGCACAUGAAUCAGAUUCUGGCACACAUUGAUGCCUACAUCGACAAAAUUGUCGCGGAAAAGCUGCACGAGAAACACGCAUCUAGUCAACAGGAAUUCAUGCAAGCCAUCCUCAAUGACGACCGGUUGUUGGUAUUUGUGCGAAAAGUGGUGCACGAGCAUCGUGUGUUGCCGGAAAAGUACGAGUUGACCGAUGCCGAUGUCGAACGAAUUGUGGAAAAAGUGAAAUUAGCCUUGACCGGUUACUUGCAAGACAUGCAAAAGACAAUCAAAUCCGAAAAUGCAUUUGAAUUGGAAAAGGUACUUGGUCAAGUGAGUUCUCGCAUGUCUGUCGAAUUGCCUGCAGUACAAAAAGUGGAACCAAAUAUCGACGAAAUUAUCGCAAAAUUGCUUGAAUCUCAGGAAUUCGGAGCAUGGCUGCUUUCGUACUUGAAUAAUUGGCACCAGGACUCUCAAAAGAAGCAACAGGACGAGAUCCAACUUCUUAAACAGGAGUUCGAGGCACUUCGGGUCGCUUUGACGAAGGAAAUUGACGAAAAUUUGGCCCUCAAAACGGCUUAUGUGAAACUCGAGACAAGUCAGGAUGGUUUGCGUGCGGAAAUGGCAGCCGCUACAAAGUCCAACGUUGACGCUUUACUUAAUGACUUAACUGCCCGCCUCGCCAAACUGGAAUCAUCGCAGGAAAAUGUCAUCGAUGAACGUAUUCGGAAGCAUUUGUUGCUGGUAUUUGAGCAUCCGGGCGACGAAAAUGUCUCAUUAGCUGAUUUAAUUGUCUGGAUCAAGAGUAUUUUCGUCACAAAAGACUAUCUGGAAGAACGCCUUGCCGCCUUGAACAAAAACGGCGAUGCCAAAUUGCAAGUUGAACUAAACAAAGUCGGUGCCGGCUUACUCGACGAGGUACUUUUGAAGGUUCGCAGCGAAAUGUCGUCACACACGGCGAAACAGAGCAUGACGGAAAUCGAUGAAGCGAGUAUCACGCGCAUCGUAAGAGCAAUUUUGGCAGUUUAUGAUGCAGAUAAGACGGGUUUGCCAGAUUUUGCGUUAGAAACAGCGGGGGGACAAGUCAUUUCGACCCGUUGUACGCAAUUUUAUCAACGACGCACCGCUCAAAUUUCAAUCUUUGGUAUUCCGUUGUGGUACCAAUCGAGUACGCCUCGCAUCGCAAUUACGCCGUCCGUGCAUCCAGGCCAAUGCUGGGCAUUUACUGGCUUUCCUGGGUAUUUGGUGAUCCAAUUAAGUCGCUUAAUUCACGUGACUGGAUUCACAGUUGAACACAUACCAAAAACGUUGGCACCUAAUGGGACACUGGACUCUGCGCCGAAGGAUUUUACUGUUAUGGGCUUGACGCACGAAUUUGACAAAGAGCCAGCAAUUUUUGGUACUUAUCAGUAUGCGAUCGACGGAGAGCCGCUCCAAUAUUUCCCGGUACAAAACAAAACGAUUGUUGUGCCUUACGAAUUUGUCGAGAUGCGGAUCGACACUAAUCAUGGAAAUACAAAUUACACCUGUUUGUAUAGGAUAAGAGUGCAUGGUAUCGCGUUACCAUAAAAAAAUAAUAAAUUGUUCAAAUUAUAUUUAUAAAUGUUUUACAAGUUUGAUUAAAAAUGCCAAGAACAAAGGUAAAUUUUUUUAAGCAAAAUUUAUUAAUAUAUUUUUUUUUUGUUAGGAUUAGCAAUAUUUUAAUGAUUUGUAAAAAAAUGUUUUUUUUUUUUAAAUAAAUGUUUCCUUUUGUACCUUUA